AUGGCCAAGACCUAUACAGUCGACAAGUCCCUAUUCAAGCUGGGCAACACCCUCGGCGAAGGUAUGACGCUAACAUGCCCCCAUGACCUGUCACAGAAGCCCAUGAUAACUAACAACAACGUGCUCAGGGACUCACGCUCGAAACGACUCUACUUCGUCGACAUCGACCAGAAGAAGCUUUACACAUACGAGCCCUCUUCUGGGACGAUUGGGUACGAGGUAUUCGACCAUAAGAUCACGGCGAUAGCAUUGCUUGAGAAGGGCGGAGGGCUCAUAGCCACAGCCGAUGGGUUUUUCGCAUUCAUCCCUCCAUCUAGCAUCCCGUUCCCACCCACCGGCUCCAAGCAAUCCCUCAAACGGAUUCCCACCUCGGUCACCCUCGCCUCGAAUGAGAAGCGAUUCAACGAUGGAGCAGUGGAUCCCAAGGGCCGCUUCAUAACUGGCACCAUGGGUUUUGAACAUGGAUCGAAGUUUGGGAAGAUGUACGCACUUUCGAAAGGCUCCGGGGACUGCUGGGAGGCACCGCUGGUGCAGGAGGGAGUUACUUGCACGAAUGGGAUGGGGUGGAGCAAAGAUGGUAAAACAAUGUAUUUCACCGACAGCUGGGUCAAGGAGAUUGUCACUUUUGACUACGACUUGUCAUCAGGCAAGAUGGAGAACCGCCGGGUCCUGUCUAACCUGCAGGACUACGGAGAGCCAGAUGGCAUGUGCCAGGAUACUGACGGUGGUAUCUGGACGUGCCGCUGGCAGGCAGGAAAGGUUAUCCGUCUGACAGAAAGCGGCGAGGUUGAUGUUAUCAUCGACUUCCCGACUGCCUGGCACAUGACCUGUUGCAUUUUUGGCGGUGAGAACAAUGACGAGCUCUAUGUCACUACCGCUGCAUCAGACUAUAAUGGUGAGAUCCUGCCUGACCGUUUUGACGGCGGCAGCCUCUUUGUGGUCAAAGGUCUGGUGUUCACUGGUGUUGAAAGGGGACGAUUUAGCGGGUCGGUGGAAACCCUUCCAUAG